AUGUCCUCCAUAGAGAGAACCAUAAAGGACACUUGAUCGCGCAGCCCGUGGAAUUAUUUCCAGGAAACACUUGCAGAAGCCGUCCGGGAGCUCCCGUCCCUGGCAGCACUCUCCGGGACGGCCAGGAAAUGAGCGCUUCUUUGAAUUACAAGUCUUUCUCCAAAGAGCAGCAGACCAUGGAUAACUUGGAAAAGCAACUCAUCUGUCCCAUCUGCCUAGAGAUGUUCACGAAGCCUGUGGUCAUUCUCCCCUGCCAGCACAACCUGUGCAGGAAAUGUGCCAGUGACAUCUUCCAGGCCUCUAACCCGUACUUACCCACGAGAGGAGGGACCACUGUGGCGUCAGGGGGCCGGUUCCGCUGUCCCUCCUGUAGACACGAGGUGGUGUUAGACAGACACGGGGUUUAUGGACUGCAGAGAAACCUGCUCGUGGAGAACAUCAUCGACAUCUACAAGCAGGAGUCCACCAGGCCAGAGAAAAAGUCUGAGCAGCCCAUGUGUGAGGAGCACGACGAGGAACGCAUCAACAUCUACUGCCUGAACUGCGAGGUGCCCACCUGCUCCCUGUGCAAAGUGUUCGGCGCUCACAAGGACUGCCAGGUGGCUCCCCUCACCCAUGUGUUCCAGAGGCAGAAGUCGGAACUCAGUGAUGGCAUUGCUGUGCUUGUGGGAAGCAACGAUCGGAUCCAGGGAGUGAUCAGCGAGCUGGAGGACACCUGUAAAACAAUCGAGGAAUGCUGCAGGAAGCAGAAACAGGACCUGUGUGAGAAGUUUGACUACCUGUACGGCAUCCUGGAGGAGAGGAAGACCGAAAUGACCCAAGCCAUCACCCGAACACAGGAGGAGAAACUGGAGCACGUCCGAGCCCUGAUCCGGAAGCAUUCUGACCACCUGGAGAACGUAUCAAAGCUGGUGGAGUCAGGGAUCCAGUUCAUGGACGAGCCGGAGAUGGCAGUGUUUCUGCAGAACGCCAAGACCCUGCUACAAAAGAUCGCGGAAGCGUCGAAGGCGUUUCAGAUGGAGAAAGUGGAACAGGGUUAUGAGAUCAUGAACCACUUCACCGUCAACCUCAAUAGAGAAGAAAAAAUUAUACGUGAAAUUGACUUUUACAGAGAAGAGGAAGAUGAAGAGGACGCAGGAGAAACAGAAGAAGGAGGAGAAGGAGAGGAUGCAGCGGAAGUAGAAGAGGUAGACAGUGUUCAAAUGGAGUCAUCGGGGGAAGAGGAGAGCCUGGAAAAAGCCCCGGAGCCCUCUCAGCUUACCUCAGAGCUCCAGGCCCCGACGCCACUUCUUGCUUCCUCUCCAGAACCACCUUCAUCCAUGCCACCUGCUGCAGAUGUCCUGGUGACACAGAGGGAGGUGGUGCCCAUUGGCUCUCAGCCGACCACACAAUCUGAAACUCCAAGCCCUUCGGCAGCGGAAACCGCGGAUCCCUUGUUUUACCCUAGUUGGUAUAAAGGCCAAAACCGGAAAACCAACUCCAACCCGCCUUGCACUCCUGGGAGUGAAGGUCUGGGGCAAAUAGGGCGUCCUGGUGCUGAGGAUUCCAGUACGCAGUCUGCAGGAGUGGCAGGAGCCACAGCCAAUGAGCAGGCAGCAGUGAGUGGUAAGGAAUCUAGUUCGCCUGCUGCUACCUCUCAGAUUGGAUUUGAGGCCCCUUCUCCCCAGGGACAGGCAUCAGCCUCGGGCAGUGGGGGUGGGGCUGAUUCUGAGUCAGCUCGCCAUGUCUUCUCCUUCUCCUGGUUGAAUUCCCUGAAUGAAUGAUAUAUAUUCUGGCUGCUGCCCCCUGGCGGCCCGGGUGAGAUGCGCACCAAGCCGCGGGGAACUUCUGGGUGAAAUUCACCGUGACGCGUAUGAAUGGGACCUCCGGACAGGAUUUCUGAGAGAAAAUAAUAAACCUUUAAUUCCAGAUGACUUAUCUAAUUUGCUGAGAAAAUGCAAUAUGCUCAGAACAAAAUUGCAGAAAACACUGGUAUAAAGAAACUUGAUCUUAUGCAAAUCCUUUAUUAUGUGGGCAUCAUUCUGAAGGUUGUGUAGGUGUGGCACAUGUGUGCACGUCAGCUUUAAGUGGCAAGUGUUAACAAAGUGGGCACUCCACUCUCGUCUCCCGUGGGCAUGGCUUCUUGUUAUUUUUAGCACAGUCGUGUUUUUUCCCUUAGCAUUGCAGCUUGUUGGUGACAUUCAGUGUCAGUUCAGAACUGACCGAUUUAUCCAAAUCUCGGCAUGAGAGAGGUUGCUGACCAAGGCUGGGAAGAAGGCUCCUCGUUUCUACACACGUCACUGAAUGUGCAGCCAGAAGUAGUCUCUGAAUUUGGCCACACUUCUGUAGUUCAGAAGGACAACGGUUAGGGUAUCUCUUUUGACAUUUUUCUAAUUUUAAUCACAUAUCUCAUAAUCUUAUAUUCAUACAUCAGACAUUUCAAUUGAAGACUUUUGGGAGGAACUAUCUACUUUCUUAUGUGCCCAUCGUAGCAGCGAGUUGAUAAACUGUGGAACAGCUGCAUGUAUUUAAAGAUAUACACAAUUCUCCUCCUAUCAUCUAAUCUAUCUAUCUAUCUAUCUAUCUAUCAUCUA